CCCUCAGCGACCUGUUAUCUCAGCAACGCUAGACCAUAAGCGGGAAACCAUAAACACCUGAUCCCGCCGCCAAAACAUCGCCCGCAAAACAGUCCAGCGAUUCUCCGAAACUCCUCCUAUGCAUCGAAUUCCCGAGUCAACAGGCUUGGGUCGCUUCCGCAACCAUGAGGAUUAUUGAGAUUAUUAUCGACGGCUUCAAAUCGUACGCUGUGCGUACGGUGAUUUCAGGAUGGGAUGAAUCCUUCAACUCAAUCACUGGCCUUAACGGAAGUGGUAAAUCCAACAUCCUCGACGCUAUUUGUUUCGUUCUCGGCAUUACGAAUAUGAGCACAGUCCGCGCGCAAAACCUGCAAGAUCUCAUCUACAAACGCGGUCAGGCCGGUGUCACCAAGGCGAGUGUGACAAUUGUCUUCGAUAACAGAGAUACCUCAAAAUCCCCGAUCGGCUUCGAAGAAUAUGCGACCAUUUCGGUUACCCGGCAGAUCGUGCUCGGCGGGACGAGCAAAUACCUAAUCAAUGGCCACCGCGCGCAACAACAAACGGUACAGAACUUGUUCCAGAGUGUGCAGUUAAACAUCAACAACCCGAACUUUUUGAUUAUGCAGGGUCGGAUUACAAAGGUUCUGAAUAUGAAGGCGGUUGAGAUUCUGUCGAUGAUCGAGGAAGCGGCCGGUACGCGGAUGUUCGAGGAUCGAAGAGAGAAGGCGGUCAAGACAAUGGGCAAGAAGGAACUGAAAUUGCGCGAAAUUGAAGGCCUUCUCAAGGAGGAGAUCGAGCCCAAGCUCGAAAAACUCCGAGCUGAAAAGCGAGCGUUCCUUGACUUCCAGCAGACUCAGAAUGACUUGGAGCGUUUGACGCGCCUGGUCGUUGCACACGACUAUUUAAGGAGCGGCGACCGCCUCCGGGCCGCCGGCGAGGAAUGUGAAAACAAGAAACGCAAGGUCCAGGCGUUAGAAGACAAUGCGGACAAACUCCGGAGCGAGAUUGCCCACAUGGAAGAGGAUGUUAAGCGGGUAAAGGCGGCUCGGGACAAGGAGCUGCGCAAAGGAGGCAAAUUCCAGGCUCUGGAAGAUGAGGUCAAGGCGCAUUCCCACGAACUCGUUCGCUUAACGACAGUCUUCGACUUGAAAAAUGCAAGCGUCGAUGAAGAAAAGCAGAAGCGCAAGGAGUUCCAGAAGACUGUGAGCGACCUCGAAAAGGUUCUCAAGGAUAAGAAGAAGAUCUACGAUAAAUUGCAAGCACAGUACGAUGCCGCAAAGGCGGAACUGGAUGCCCAAACAGCAGAGGUCGACCAAAAGGAGGAACUGCUCCAGACAUUGCAAACCGGUGUUGCAUCAAAAGAAGGCCAGGAAAGUGGUUAUCAAGCUCAGUUACAGGAUGCUCGGAACCGUGCAAGCACAGCGUCUACUGAGCAGGAGCAAGCUAAGCUCAAGAUUGCACACUUGGAGAAGCGAAUUAAAGAGGAGGAGCCGCGGGCAAAGAAGGCAAAGGAGCAGAACUCUGGUCUCCUUAAAGAGCUUGAAGGGCUCAAAUCUCAGGCCAAGAAGUUGGAAUCAGAGCUAUCGAGACUCGGAUUCGAGCCCGGGCGGGAGGAACAGCUAUAUCAAGAACAAAGCGGCCUCCAGAGAGAGAUACGCGAGCUUCGCCAGAGAGCCGAUGGUCUUCAACGGAAAGUCGCCAAUAUUGACUUCAACUACACCGAUCCCUACCCGAACUUUGAUCGCUCCAAGGUCAAGGGUCUGGUCGCCCAGCUUUUCACUGUCGACAAGGAGAAGCUACAAGCCGCCACAGCACUGGAAAUCUGUGCUGGUGGUCGCCUAUACAACGUUGUAGUCGACUCAUCUGAUACCGGUACACAGCUGCUUCAGAAGGGAAAGCUCCGCAAGCGCGUGACUAUAAUUCCCUUGAACAAGAUCUCGUCCUUCAGAGCAUCUGCAGAGAAGAUUGGCGCCGCCCAAAACAUUGCCCCCGGAAAGGUCGACUUGGCUUUGUCACUCAUCGGAUACGACGAGGAGAUCACUGCGGCCAUGAACUACGUUUUCGGCAACACUCUGAUCUGCAAUGACGCCGAUACUGCAAAGCGAGUUACCUUUGAUCCCUCCGUUCGAAUCAAGAGCGUAACCCUUGACGGCGAUGUCUAUGACCCAUCCGGCACCCUUUCUGGUGGUAGCGCACCAAACUCCAGUGGAAUGCUUGUGACGCUGCAGAAACUCAACGAGAUCACAAGGGAGAUUCGGAGUAAGGAGCGGGUUCUGGCUAAGCUGGAAGAGACAAUGAAAAAGGAGAAGAAGAAGCUGGACGCUGUCCGCUCCAUUAAGCAAGAUUUGGACUUGAAGAACCACGAAAUCAAGCUUACGGAAGAGCAAAUCGGGAACAACUCAUCUUCAUCGAUCAUUCAAGCUGUUGAAGAGAUGAAAGCGAACAUCGAACAGCUGAAGAUAAGCAUUACUGACGCUAAGGCGCGUCAGAGCGAAGCAUCCAAGGAUAUCAAACGGAUCGAGAAGGAUAUGAAGGAGUUCGAUAACAACAAGGACAGCAAGCUCGCAGAGCUUCAAUCUUCUUUGGACGCCUUGAAGAAGAGCCUGGCCAAGAACUCGAACUCGGUCAAGAACUUGCACAAAGAGCUCCAGGCUUCAAGGCUGGAAUCGGAGCAAGUAGGGAGCGAUCUGUCUGCGGCUGAGGAGCAGCAUGCUGAAAGCGAAAACACAUUGAAGGCCCAGCUGGAAGAGAUUGAGUCGCUCAAGAGAGAGCAGGUCCGAGUCAAGGACGCACAUGAUAUUGCGCAAGCACAGCUCGAAGACGAAAGAGCAAAGCUGACUGGGUUUGACGAUGAGCUCCGAGACUUGGAAAAGACGAUGCAGUCUAAGAACUCCCAGAUUACUGAAGAGGGAUUGGAAAUGCAGAAACUCGGGCACCAGCUAGAAAAGCUACAGAAAGAACAAAAUGCCGCAGCUCAAGCCGUCGCUCACCUGGAAGGGGAGCAUGAGUGGAUUGAGGACGAGAAGGACAACUUUGGACGUCCUAACACGCCGUAUGAUUUCAAAAACCAGAACAUCGCCGAGUGUAAGUCUACGCUGCGGAACGUCACGGAGCGCUUCCAAGGAAUGAAGAAGAAGAUCAACCCCAAGGUCAUGAACAUGAUCGACAGCGUGGAGAAGAAGGAGGCCGCCUUGAAGAACAUGAUGAGGACCGUCAUCCGCGACAAGAGCAAGAUUGAAGAGACGAUCGUCAACCUCAACGAGUACAAGAAGGAGGCUCUACAUAAGACCUGGACAAAGGUCAACGCUGACUUUGGCCAAAUAUUUUCCGAGCUUCUGCCCGGCAGUUUCGCCAAGUUGGAUCCUCCCGAGGGCAAGGAUAUCACUGACGGUCUCGAGGUCAAGGUAUCUCUGGGUAAGGUCUGGAAGCAGAGCUUGACAGAACUCAGUGGUGGUCAACGGUCUCUCAUUGCCCUCUCACUGAUUAUGGCCCUGCUGCAAUUCAAGCCCGCGCCGAUGUACAUUCUUGACGAGGUUGACGCUGCGCUGGACUUGUCACACACACAAAACAUCGGCCGACUGAUCAAGACCCGCUUCAAGGGAUCUCAGUUCAUCGUUGUCUCUCUGAAGGACGGCAUGUUCCAGAACGCCAAUCGGAUCUUCCGGACAAGAUUCAGUGAGGGUACAAGUGUUGUACAAGCUCUCACGCCCGCCGACAUGAGGUAGUGACCUAGACUUGCAGCAACCUGCUUUUUUCUUGUUGAUAUUUCUUGCUUUCGGGUUUGGGCACAUGGAAUCUCAGUCAGGUCAUGGUGGCAUUUGGGCUAGAUGAAGGUGUUUUUUGGGAAGUCUGUAUAUGGACGCUCUGGAUUAGCAUUGCGAUUUUAUUUAUUGUUGAUGUUAUGAUCUACGGAUAAUGAGAUACUGAAGUUGUUGAAGCCAUGUUGACAUGAGGCGUAGUUUGGACAGAACGGCAUAUAGUCUUUGCUGCCUUGGCGCUCGAUACAUUCGCAAGUUUUAGUCCACAGCCCGGGAAUUAUCGAAGCACCUUUGACUCAGGGUCUUAGACAACCCGAU